AUGGGCCGUAUUGAGAAUGAUUCCACAAGGAGAAUCUCGGCUUUUGCUCAGUUUGGCCGCAUGGAGGUUGCUUCCACCAAGAGAAUCUCGGAUUUUGCUCCGAUGGGCCGUAUUGAGAAUGAUUCCACAAGCAGAAUCUCGGCUUUUGCUCAGUUUGGCCGCAUGGAGGAUGCUUCCACCAAGAGAAUCUCGGAUUUUGCUCCGAUGGGCCGUAUUGAGAAUGAUUCCACAAGGAGAAUCUCGGCUUUUGCUCAGUUUGGCCACAUGGAGGUUGCUUCCUCCAAAAGAAUAUCGGAUUUUGAUCGGUUGGGCCGUCGUAUUGAGAAUGACUCCACAAGGAGAAUCUCGGCUUUUGCUCAGUUUGGCCGUAUGGAGGAUGCUUCCACCAAGAUAUUCUCGGAUGUUGCUCAGAUGGGCUGUAUUGGGAAUGUUUCCACAAGGAGAAAGUCGGCUUUUGCUCAGUUUGGCCCGUAUGGAGGAUGCUCCCACCAAGAGAAUCUCGGAUGUUGCUCAGAUGGGCCGUAUUGA